AUGCCCGAACUCACCGGCGACCCGAACCGCCACCCGAUCUCCGAAUUCUCUGAAGGGAUCACAGGCCACUGCCUCUGCGGCAGCAUCCACGUCACCAUCCGCGACAAGGAGCUCUUCACCCGGCGCCGCGGCCACCUGUGCCACUGCGCCAACUGCCGCAAAGUCGCCGGCAGCUACGUCGCCGCCAACCUGCUGAUCGAGGACGACAAGGUGACGAUCGAAGACCGCGACGGCACGCUGAAGGAGUUCGUCGACACGCAGACGGGAAGCGGCGAGCCGCUUGGUCGGUGGUUCUGUAGUAGAUGUGGCAACCCGAUAAGGUCCGUUGUUCCGUCUCGCAAGGGGAAGGUGAUAUUGAAGUUGGGCAUAUUCCCGCGGAUUCCGGCGCCUGAAUGUGAGAGUUUUGCCCUGCAUCGACAUGACUGGCAGGGUGUUCACGAAGGUGUGGAUCAGUACAAAAUCAAGCUCUUCGAUGAGAAGCUGUAG